GAAUUUCAAUUGAUUGUGUGGUGGCUCCCCCUAUUUUCAAAUUCAGUUUUUCUCACCUAUCAGACCACGCCGCCUUCGACGAGACGACGUCGCCUCGAGCUCGGCGUCCCUCAGUCAAACCUCUACGUUGCCAGCCACCAGCCCGGCGUUGCUCGCCGCACGCCGGCCGUCUCCGUUCGCUGCUGCUGUGCUCAGAUCUGCGGCUGGCUGUCGGCCGGAAGUCGCCGCCUCCGCCGCUGCAUCAUCCUGAACCGCCGGUGAGUGAGCCAAAAAAGUGGGGUUAGACUGCUGACUGGAAGAAAGUAAAUGCUUGAGGGGUUUGGUUAUAUACCAACCAAGAUGAAUUUGUGGGUGGUGCUUUUAUCUCUGCUUUGUAUUGGGGGGUUAGCAGAGGAGGAUUCAAAUACAGAUGAUAUAAAUAUAGGUGCCAUUUUCUCGUUCAAUACUAUAAAUGGGGGAGUAUCAAAGAUUGGGAUGGAGGCUGCUGUUGAAGAUGUCAAUUCAGACCCCACCAUUCUUGGGGGAAGAAAGCUAGUUCUUUCAACUCAUGAUUCAAAUUUCAGUGGCUUCCUUGGCAUAAUCGGAGGAUUGGAGUAUAUGGAGACUAAUAAGGUUGCGAUUAUUGGACCACAAACCUCUGGAAUGGCACACAUUCUAUCACAUCUUGCAAAUGAACUCCAUGUGCCAAUGUUGUCGUUUACAGCGUUGGACCCCAGCCUUUCGUCGCUUCAAUACCCCUACUUCAUACAAACAGCACCAAAUGAUCUUUUCCAAAUGACAGCCAUAGCCGAUAUGAUUAGUUACUUUGGUUACAGAGAGGUGGUAACGAUUUAUACAGAUGAUGAGCAGAGCCGUGGGAGUAUUAUAGCUCUAGGGGAUAGGCUUGCCGAGAGGCGUUGCAAAAUUUCUUACAAAGCAGUGCUUCCCCCAGAGGCCUUGGCAACUCGCAGGGAGAUCAGGGACGCGUUAGUUGAGGUUUCAGUGAUGGAGUCCCGAGUUAUUGUUGUACAUUCCUAUUCUGUAAUCGGGCUUCAGGUUUUUGAGUUGGCCUAUAAACUUGGCAUGAUGGAGAAGGGAUAUGUUUGGAUUGCUACUGCUUGGUUGUCUACUGUGUUAGAUUCAAGGCCUGUUUCUGGAGAAGCCGCCAAAUCCAUUCAAGGAGCGCUCGCACUCCGGCCCCACACUGCAGAUUCUAAGAGGAAAAGCGAAUUUGUGUCCCGGUGGAAAAGAUUAAGCAAUGGUUCUAUUGGAUUCAAUCCCUAUGGCCUAUAUGCUUAUGAUACUGUUUGGAUGGUUGCUAAUGCAGUAAAAAUGUUUCUGGAUCGUGGUGGCACCAUCUCUUUCUCAAAUAACUCAAACUUGAGUAAUUUGGGAGGAGGGACCCUAAAUCUUGGCGCCUUGAGCACGUUUGAUGGGGGGAGUCAACUGCUUCGUAACAUAUUACAGACCAAUAUGACAGGUUUAACUGGUCCAAUCGCCUUUGAUUUAGAUAAUAAAUCCUUAAUUCAACCUGCGUUUGAUAUCCUUAAUGUUGUUGGGAGGAGUUACAAGCAAAUAGGGUACUGGUCUAAUUACUCUGGCCUUUCGGUUGUGCCUCCGGAGGUUCUUUACACCAAAGAACGUAAUCGUUCAAGUUCUAGCCAACAAUUGGACGUUGCGAUGUGGCCAGGACAAACAGCAGACAAGCCACGGGGGUGGGUUUUUCCACAUAAUGGGAGGCAGUUACGAAUUGGAAUUCCAAAUAGGGUCAGUUACAAAGCUUUUGUCUCAAAGGAUGAAAAAACCAAUGAGAUCCGUGGAUACUGCAUAGAUGUAUUCCUUGCUGCCGUAGACUUGCUUCCAUAUGCGGUACCUCAUAAGUUUGUCUUGUAUGGAGAUGGACACAAGAAUCCUAAUUAUGCAGAGCUCGUAAAGCUGAUCACGUCCAAUGUCUUUGAUGCAGUUGUUGGUGAUAUAGCAAUCGUUACCAACCGUACCAAGAUUGUGGACUUCACUCAGCCUUAUAUAGAGUCGGGGUUAGUUGUUGUGGCGCCAGUCAGGAAGAUGAACUCCAGCCCUUGGGCUUUCAUGCGCCCUUUCACUGCCUUGAUGUGGGGUGUCACAGCUGCAUUUUUCCUCAUUGUUGCAGUGGUGAUUUGGAUUCUCGAACACAGAAUAAACGACGAAUUCCGUGGUCCGCCAAAGAGACAGUUCAUAACAAUUUUAUGGUUUGGCUUUUCAACUAUGUUUUUUGCACACAGAGAAAAUACCAUGAGUACUCUUGGUCGUAUGGUUUUACUUCUCUGGCUCUUUGUGGUCUUGAUAAUUACAUCAAGCUACACUGCAAGCUUGACUUCGAUUCUCACUGUUCAACAGUUAGCCCCAGUCAUUAGGGGGAUUGAUUCCUUGAUCACAAGCAAUGACAAUAUUGGAUUUCAAGUAGGGUCCUUUGCCGAAAGUUAUCUUAGUGACGAGCUCAACAUUGCCAAAUCUAGACUCGUGUCUCUUGGCUCGCCAGAAGAAUAUGCAGAUGCGCUUACCACAGGAAGAGUUGCUGCGGUCGUGGAUGAGCGUCCAUACGUAGACAUGUUUCUCUCACACUACUGCAUGUUCCAAGUCGUUGGACAAGAGUUCACGAAAAGCGGCUGGGGAUUUGCAUUUCCAAGAGACUCUCCACUGGCCAUGGACAUGUCCACUGCAAUCUUAACGCUGUCGGAGAGUGGGAAACUUCAAAAGAUACACGACAAGUGGCUGAAUACACGAACCUGCAGUCAGAAAAUCCCAGCGAGCACUGAUCAACUUCAGCUCAAGAGCUUCUGGGGUCUCUUCCUAAUAUGCGGGAUCACGUGCGUAGCUGCGCUCCUCGUCUAUUUCUGCUUGAUUUGCAGCAAGUUUCAGCGGCAUUUCCCUCAAUUACCGGAACCCUCUGUGCAGCAGGCCAGCACACCAUCCGUACGGAUAAGAAGAUUCUUGUCUUUUGUCGAUGAGAAGGAAGAAGAGUUCAAGAGCAGAUCGAAGAGAAAGCACAUGGAAAUGCUGUCCCGGACUAGCGCAGAAGACCAGCAAUGGCCGCCCAACGAAGUUCGGAGGGAUGAAUCGGGUAGUUGCCGCGAGGGACACAACGGCGAUGCUUACUGUCAUUGAGUUGGGAUUCUGUUUCAGCAGUAAAGUAGAGUAAAUAAAAUGCAGCUCUAGAGGUAUAUAUAUUUAUGCUGCAUUUUUAUGCGUCUGCAUACUACUCGUUACUUCAAUGCAAAAUGUAAAUUUCAUAUUACUGUUGUAUGGUUUAGUAAUAUAUACUUGUAAUAUUAAAAUGGUUUAGUUAGGAUAUCAAAACAAUUUAGGAGGCUUCAGCUUCUACACAGUAAAGCUGUUUUGAAACAAAUCUAUUAUGUAUAGUUCUACACUAAUAUGAAGAGAUAAAUACAGAUUGUCAAUAA